GUUUCUAGUCUGUUCAGAAUGGGUUUUAUUCCUCACAUGCCUCACGACUCAUCCACCUCCAGCUGUCAUUACUGUGGUCUUUAGAAGGUUAAAUCUGGGAAUUAAAGUUGCUCUCUUCUGCCUUCUAGUGGGAUGCUACAUAAUGGCACUGGAAAACAAGGAAUAAUUUUCUAAUUUGGCUAAUGGACACAUUGAGUAAACGAAAAUAAAACAAAACAAGCUCUUUGACCUUGACCAGCUUCUGCACAAUGCCCAACCAAAGAACUUUAUGAAAGUAAUCCAGCCCAGUGAGGAAGAUUUAGCCUUUCUGUCAAACAAAAAAUGAAUUGUACUUCCUUCUCCUCAAGGUCCUCCUCAUGGUCUUUCUCCAACUUUUACGCUGAUUACUAUAACAACAGUGUCAUUUUGCUGCACUAUAAUUGCAUAGGGAAACUGAAACAGGACAAAUACAAGGAUGGGCUCAAACCAGAAGCUAUCGCAUUCAUUCUCAUUUGCUUGCUUAUUGUUGUGGAAAACACAAUUGUCCUGGUGGCCAUCUGGAAGAACAAGAAGUUUCACCUGCCCAUGUAUUACUUACUAGGCAACCUGACACUGUCAGAUCUGCUGGCCGGAUUCACGUACAUGCUCAAUAUUAUCAUGUCAGGUCCCAACACACUUCAUCUGACCCCUCUGCUUUGGUUUCUGAGGGAGGGUGGAGUCUUCAUCACGCUCGCCGCAUCAGUCAUCAGCCUCUUGGCCAUCGCCAUAGAGCGUCACAUCACCAUGGUGAAGAUGAAGCCCUAUCAUGGGACCAAACGCAAUCGCAUGUUUGCCUUGAUUGGUGCCAGCUGGGCGCUGGCUGUGUUGCUCGGCGUGUUGCCUGUCAUAGGCUGGAACUGCAUACAUGAACUACAACUGUGCUCCACUGUGCUUCCACUCUAUGCCAAGAGCUACGUCCUGUUCUGCGUCACUGUCUUCAGUGCCAUUUUGCUUGCCAUUGUUGUGCUAUACGGGCGCAUCUUUCACUCUGUCAAGAGGAAUACAAAGAGGUUAGGCAGCAUACGGCGCAAGGGCUUGGCACGGCGCUCACAAAAGUACAUGGCCCUGCUUAAGACGGUAACCAUCGUCCUGGGGGUUUUCAUUGCCUGUUGGCUGCCGCUCUUCCUACUCUUACUGCUGGACUUUGUAUGCCAAACUGGAGCAUGCUCCAUCUUGUUCAAAGCAGACUACUUUCUUGGGGUGGCGAUGAUCAACUCGCUGAUCAACCCAAUUAUAUACACACUGACGAGCAAGGACAUGCGCAGGGCCAUUAUUAAGCUGCUCUGUCAUCAUUGUUUGAUCAACAAAGAUGGUCAAAUAAAGAAGAUCGGAAUACCUUUCCUGGAGUGCAGCUUAAGCAAAACAGAGACAGCCGUUCACCGUGGCUUUGAGACUACCAUCUCCUCUGGAAAUGGCACAUCCUCCCCAAUUCGAAUCAUUUCCCCAAAAAUCAAAGCUGUCAAACUGUGAAAACUUUGUCACCAGGUGCUGGAACAUGAUGCCAAUGCACCGGGGAUCACCUGAAGCUACUUAGGACCCUUUGUGAAUUAAAUUAACACUUGAGGGUUCUCAGGACAAGCACAGGCAAAACAGAACAGGAGCUCUGAUAAAGUUCCUGCUUACUGUAAGUCAUUUUGGCAGAUGUCAAAAGGCAAACAGUGUGAGAAACUGCCUAGACAGAAUUCAUCCAAAAUAAUAAUAAUAAGUCAGAGCCUGCUCAAGUUCAAACAAAUAGCAUUGAAUUUGGGCAUCAGACUUACAGUAUGGAUUCUUGGAUCAACAGAGGUGCUUAAAUUGUGAAUUAUAUGUGCUUAGACGUUGGUAUCAAAUCAUGAGAACAACAGCCUACAGGUAAUAACACCAGAAUAUGGCACCUAAUGUGGGGCCAGAUUGCUGUCAGGGAUAUUACAUGCAUCUGACUGCUAUAUAAACACAGUGGCUUUAAACCUGUAUCACUGCUUUGAAAGUUCAACUUGAGUCACCCAGAGAGAAGAAUAAGCUGGUUUACAAUAGGUGGUGUGUCAGUUUUGCCCUGUUACGGACCCAGUUGCAGGAAUCUCAGCAGAAAUGUCUAAAUUUAUACAAACUUGAAAAUAACCUUGCAUAACAAUUUUACGUUUUGAAGUGUUUAGGCUAUUACUUUAUUUUGCAAGGUCCAGAAUUUCAGUAGUCAGUGAUCUUUCAGUCCCACAGUAGCUACAGUCAACUAAAUAGACUUUACAAUCAGAUCAUCCUGGUCAAUGAUACUGAACUCUAGUCUCUUUCUUCUUUUAUCAAUAAAAAUGUAGGCAAGCUAGCAUUCAGAUCAACAUAGCAUUCAAAGCAUGUGAUAUUCCAUGCCUAAAUAAAAUUUGUCACAUCUUUAUAAUUCAUGCACAUGUAAAUAUUCCCGUUGUUGCCGAUUACCAAAAUGACCACUUUGUGUGUAGAAUGUAUUUCAUAUUACAAACAAGUCAAUCAGUCACUGUGUACAGUUUGCUUGUCAUUAUUAUGUCUAUUGUAUUGUUCUUGUAGAGAACUGUAGAGAAUUUUUCUAUUUUUUAACAUCUGAAUGACCUUAAAUUAUGUGCCUUUUUUUGCAUUAUACUUACUAUAAUAAAUGUCAUGUGACCAGAA